AUGUCUUCUUCGAUUUCCGUCCAGGCGAAUACCCCUACAGCGGAAGAAGGCGAGCUUUAUGGACUGUCAAUGUUUGAAUUGGUUUGUUGUCUCCUUUGUUUAAGUUCAUUGAAUUUCAAAGAAAAUGAGGCAAAAUUUUAAAAUAGUUUUUUAAGCUUAAAUGAAAAAUGGAAUUCCAAUAAUGAAGCGAAAUAGCACAUUCCUUAAUGGUUUUUGAUCAAAGACUCAUUUUCAGAUAAUAUGGUGUGUUUUAUAUGCGAUUAUUGCUCUGAUGACUGUCGCGGGUAAUCUUCUCGUCCUUUACAUUACAUUCUUCAGACUCAGGGCAGUAUUUCGAGAGAAAUCUUUUUUCUUCUGUAGGUGUACAACUUUCGUUUUUUUUUUUUGGAUUUCUGCAACUUUAGCUCAUAAAAAUUACCUUGAAAGUUUCAACAAUUUCUGCUCGUAGGACCUCGUAGGACAAUUCUCGAUAGAUAAUGUCCAAAAUUCAAAAAAACGUUUUCCACUUUUUUUUUUCAAACUUUCUUACAUUUUCUCUUUUGCAUUACUGAGUGAGCACGAUUCAGGAAAAUUUGAACGGAACACGACGUUCUGCGUAGUGGAAGAAAAUGUCAAAUUUUGGAAAGCAAAAGAAUGUUGAUCCAGCGAGAAAACCUUUCCUAGAUGCUCCGCCGCGCCGCGAAUAAGCCAUGUAAUAUAUAUAUAUAUACAUGGCUAUAUAUAUCCGUAAUGUUCCAAUCUUAUUAAUAAUAUUUGAUAAAUUUCGGUUGUUUUUACUCUUGUAUUAAGUUGAUAUAAUAUUUCAGGACAUUCUUCUUUACCGUUCAUCAUCAAACUCUUAUGAAAAGUGAACUUUCAAACCUUUUUUUUUUUGAAUUUCUUAUUUUUCAAAUUCCUGCAGCUUUCAUGAUUGUGAGAAAGCCAAAAAAUAAUCGAAGAAGCUGUGGUAUGAAAAAAAGGCAGUGAAUUUUCGAACGGCGACUUUUCCGAUUUUUCGUUUCGAACCAAUAGAGUAUGCAAGUUAGCGCCGUUCUGUGUAUGCACCAAAGACGUCCUAUAUUACGAAACUUGUGGGCGGGGCGUCGUAGAGAACGCCGUGGGGAUAAAAUAUAUGAAAAACAAAUGUUGAAAAAAUAAAUAAAAAGAACGGGAAAAGUUUUAGGGUGCGAUCAAUAACGACAUACUUCAUCAUUAACCUCGGAUGCGCAGAUCUGCUCACAGGGAUCUUCGCGAUUCCUUUCAAAUUUCAAGCCGCUUUGUUUCAGGUUAAAAUUUGUGUUUUCAAGUUGAAAUAUGAAUUUCCGCAAUUAUUAAUAUUUUUUACAGGAAUGGUUCUUACCCUACUCUCUUUGCAAAAUCGUGCCAUACGCAGAAACAGUUUCUCUCUCCGUUUCGGUUUUCACUCUAACCGCCUCUGCUAUCCAUGAAUUCCGCGCUGUUUUCUUCCCGAAACGUGGACAAAUGAGUAGCAAAAGUGCAAGGUUUUUUUUUGGCCAUUCCGAUAUUUUCAUUUUAUUACGCACAUGCCUGUAAAUUCGAUGAAAGAAGUUUUUUUUAGUUUUCGAAAAGAGUCCUAGUUUCUCACAUUCUUUUCCAUCUCAGGUAUGGGAAAUAUAGGAUGCCUUGCUAUAUAAGUCGACAAGGUAGAAAUCUAAAAGCGCUUGUUUUGAGCAACGUUUUGAGGCAAAACUUGCGAAAAAGAAAUUUGAAAUGUUAAAAUGUUGAAAAUGAAAAGUUCAGGACCUGAUCGCCACCAGAGUUGCUUGAGAAUAGUCGCAUUCUCGUUUCAAAAUGAAAUUCGUUCUCUCAAAAUACUAGCGUCUCGCCUGGACGUUUUUUGGAAAUUUUUCUCGUAUUUAUCAAUCUCGAAAAAUCACUCCUUGUGCAACUCUGACGGCCGCGUACUUGUCCUAAAGUCUACGUAAACUCAUGGCUCAUGUUCAUCGCAUGUCCGAAUGGCAAAGCUUCGCUACCACGCCAUGAGCUGCCUUUUCAAACCUCUGCCUAUGUGUUUCAUGGACUGUGCAAGCUUUCAAAAGUUUCCAGAGAGUUAACCAUCUUUGAAAAUGCUUUAGAUCUCUGAAAACCAAAGAUAACAAGUUCAUCGCCGAAAUGUACUGCCUGAAAUCCAAUUUAUCUCUCGCGCACUCACAUUUUUGUUACCGCAAGUAGACGAAGAAGCCGGAAAUUGAGUUUGACAUCUUUUUUGUUGCUUUUUGAGUUUACAUAUUCUGCGGAUGUUCUAGUUGUCGAAAGAGAGGCGUUGAAGGUUGAUGAAACACGUUUUAUGUGCCGAAAAAGGAGUUUUAGGGUUGUUGGUUGUCUUACUGUCAAAGUUCACUUUGAAAAAACGAAGGCUGAUGUUUUUAACAAGAGAAACCUAGAAAGGCUUGUUGUAUAGUGUGAAAACGACCGAUAUCACUCAUUUCAACAUAUAAUAUUAAUCUUAUCAUGAAAAAAAUUUUCCUACGUGAAUACUAUACAAAAAAACUCAAGAGCAACAAUUAAUCGACCAAUUAGUAUUUGGUUGGUUGGUUACACCAGUUCAGACCUACAGGGAGCCGUCCGGUUUGCACUGCGCCGUUUCCGCUGGCCAUACUAGACCAUUUUCGAAUAUUUUUUUCUAUUUUAUAAAUGAACAAAACUGUUUCCGACAUAACAGAAAAAAAAUUACAGAAAGAAUUAUUUUUAUUUACUAUAGACGCAUUUCCCAAACAAAGGUGAAUUGGGAGGUCGAUACAAAUAUACGGGUAACGACCUGAUAUUCGCGAUUUCCACCGGAUAGUCUGGCAUUGCUUCUCGCGUGGUUAUUUUUUGUUUCAGGGUUAGCCAAUAAGAUCCUGGAAGACUUGGGAAGAUUUAAAAAACACAGGCGGUAAAUAAACGACCGAUGUGCCAGCCAGUGGCAAUCGCGAAUUUCAGGUACCUACCCGGUAGCAUCCAGAUACCGACCAGACCAGGUACUAUCCAGGUACCAUGGAGAUAGUACUCGGUCGCAUAAAAAUGACCACCGAUUGCUUUUAAUUGCUACCGGGUACCUACUUGUUUCGACCUCCCGAUUGACCAGUGAAUUAGGCGGCUUGCUAGCGUUUGCAGAAACAGAAUUUUGAAAACUUAGAUUUAUGAUUGAAUGUUCUAAUUGUGUUUUUCUUCAAACUUGUUGAUUUUCUGUCCAAAAACUCGUUAUUAACGAAGGUAUCGCCCAAAAACCGCGUUUGAUGUAUGCACAAUAUGAGCAUACAGUGUGACAAACCGGACGGGCUGAACAAUAUUUGGCAAAUACUGGGUUAAAAAAAUGUAUACCAAUAAACUGGGUUAAAAAAAGUUAUACCAAUAAUGCCGUGUUCAACGAGAUUCCGCGAAAUACGAAAAAGCCGUCAGAGAAAGAGAAAGAUAACUAAAUUUUGGAGGGUCAGAGACCAUUGUGCAUUUCGCGGAAAUUACUUUGAACACGGCAUAAAAGGGACACGCAGAAAAAUGUACGGUAGCGCGCACAAUAGUUGUUAGUACGUUUACAGAGAUUACGCAUUCCACAACAAGAAGAAAAAAAAAGUUGAGGAACCAGGUGAUCUUGAUAUGGCUGGUGGCGGUGGUCGUUUCGCUGCCUCAUGGGCUUUUCCAUCAAGUCUACAUCAUGCCUGAAGUCGACAAUUCGACGACGCCCCAGGUCUUUCUUUUUCUUCCUACCGAGAACAGAGUAUGCGGUAUAUCAAUGAUCCUAUAUUAUUAGAAAAUUGUCUUAUUUAAUUUUCCAAACAAGUCUGGAAAUUCCAUUUUUGCGUAUUCAGCUAAAUAAUUUCAUACGAAAACUAUUUUCGAAAUCCCUGAAGUUACUUUGAACAUAGCAUCAAUGGUGAAGCAGUUUAUUCGCUGGUACUACCAACGGGAACACAUUAUUUCCCAACACUAGCUGUCACGCCGGGAUGGACAAUGAUUGUGGACCGUAACCCGUGCCGACGACUAACUCUUCGAUAAUACCAUCUUACUCUGAAGACUGAAUAAAUUGAAAGAUUGAAAUUGAAUCAACUGGAAAUUUUAUUUUAUUUUUCCUGGUUUCAGUGUCGACCAGUGUAUGCGGAAGACUAUUGGUGGAAGUUUUACAACAUAUAUUUGACCAUUAUCCAUUAUUUCGUUCCGAUGCUCAUUUUGGACACGGCCUACACAAUGAUAGCUUUCAAGGUUUCUUUUUAAAUAUAGACUAGUGGUUAAAUUUUACUUUUGAUGCUUCUGUAAGACGUUUGAGUGCCUUGCAAAGGUUGAUAAGAGAACACUUCAAAAUUCAAAACUCGGAAAAAAAAAAAGUUUUUGUUCUGGAACAUUUUCAGGAAACACUCACUGAGGGGUCUAACAAAUGUCAAUCCUUCCCGAUUUUAAACAGUAAAUAGGUAGAUUGGCAAGGGUGAAACAAAAACGCAAUGAUUCAAAAAAGUAAAUAAAAAAAGCCGAUUCCCGACUAGCUUGGGACGCAGAGACAUGGUCAGUCUGUUCUCUCCACCAACCAGACAUUUUUCCUUUUUUUUUUUAUCGUGUCAGGACCCUUUUUGAUGGCUCAAGCCUCCCCCGCUAGACAGUGGGCCUCUGCAAAUGGCUGGCAAAAUUUAGGCAGGUCGCUUCAUUUAAGACAAAUGCUUAGUCCGGCGCGAGAGAAAAGCGAAGUUGGGACGAUACGCAGAAAAACCUCGCAAAUAAACCGCGCCUGACUCGCAUUUUUUUCGCGUUUCUCAUGCAUUCCAAAAAAAUAAAUUAAAAAUAAUAACAAAUUUCUAAAAAAAGCGAGGUCGCACCAACAAAAAUGCAAAACUGUCGCGGCUAUAAAGUAAGGCUUUUGCAUUUACGAGUUUCGCAGCUUUUUCGUCACAUACCCGAGGAGAUCUAUCACCUGAUUUUUUUUUCCCACGUCUUCAUUUUUUCAACGAGACUCAUGUCGGUUUUGAAGAUUUGGGCGGCGACUCAGGCAUCAACCGACGAGAGCCCUACACUCAAACAAGCUAAACCAGUCGCCAACGAGAUUUCAAACAAAAAGGUUCAUUUUCUAAACAACCCGCGAAAGCAUCUGUUGGCUAUCUUUUCGGAUACUGGCUCAAAUAUCUCGCACUGCCUAACUAUGAGAUUAAAAUUGAAAUUCAACUUGUUUUUGGAGUGUAGGACAAUGCCACCGAUUCGGGCUUGUUCAAGGAUUUUGAAUGACGAUUGAUUAGAAAUAAUUUUUGCUAAUCAAGUAGAAAUAGAUUUACUUUUCGAGUCUUGUUACCCCAGGAGAGAAAGGGAGACUGAAAAACUGUGAAAAAAAAUGAACAAAAAAAUGUCUGGCUCUGAAACAUUCGGCGGAAUACAGAGGUGGGCCUGAUAGUAUUCAAAUUGGUCUAUCUAAUGGCGAAAAGAGUAAAUUUCCUAAAUUGUUUUGAAGGCACGGUACCAAAGACAGUACAUGCGGAAAAUUGUUUGAUUUGAUUUUCUUUGGCGGAGAUGACAGCCUCGAGGUUCAAAGUUCCGAAAUACUAGGAAAAAAUAUCAUUAGUUUUCGUGAACAAAAACGAGACCUGCACAGACCAAAAAUAUUUUAAUCGUAAGAUACACGGCGCCCACCCCUGUUCUUUUUUUUUUCCUUUUCUUUUGCUUGCUUCUUCUGAAAUCUGUCUUUGCUGGAUUUUAUCAUUGUUCAGCUGAUGAAGAUGCUCAUCAUUGUCGUUUUCUGCUUCUCUGUCUGUUGGCUCCCUUUGGAAUCUUAUCUUUUGCUCAACGAAGUUCGACCGGAAAUUAAUAGGUAAACAAUUUUACGGACGAAAAGAGCUCUCUUUUGCAGCUGGAAAUACAUCAACAUUUUCUUUUUCUGCGCCCAUUGGUUAGCCAUGAGCAAUUCAUGUUUGAACCCCAUCAUUUACGGUAUUUUCAAUGUGAGUUCCUGCAAGGCCGCAUGUUAUUUGAUCGAGUUUCGAAGUCCCUGCACAGAUCAAAACUAUUGUAAAAACCAGUUUCGCAUCAUGGGCAGUUUUGCUUUCAUAGUUCCUUUGGUUAACAAGUUAUCGAAAGAAGCGUAAUGAUCUUGAAGGAUUUCAAAGCAUAGGGGCAGGAAAAAAGGGAGCUUUGAGAAAAGUAUGCAUUUUUAAGAGCUCUUUGUUGCGUUUCAAACGGAUAUUUUUAAAAAAAAACGUACCUGACUUCCUAGUUUUGGGGAAAAAAGUAAUCAAAAGUCGACUUAUUCGAAAAGAAAAAAGUUUUAUUUUGCGCGAAAAGUGUGUCUGGCAGUAAAGUUGCUCUAUCCACGGCAUUCCUAAUGCCGUGUUCAAAGUAAUUUCCGCGAAAUGCGAAAUUGUCUCUGACCCUCCAAAAUUUAGUUGUCUUUCUCUUUCUCUGACGGCUAUUUUGAAUUUCGCGGAAUCACUUUGAACACGGCAUAAUGGGGGUGAGGGAAGGUGAGCGAGGCGUCAAAGUUUCUGAAUUUACAGAAAAAAUUUAGUGCGCGCUACGGAUAAAAUGCACUGAGUAUUAAAAGUUAAUAACUUGUUUGUUCGAUCGCCUUCGGCUGAAGUACUGUAGAUUUCAAAUUUCGCGCCAAAUUUUUUUUGACGUCUCCCCACCCCGUUUGGGAACACCGUGCUAUCGACAACAGGCUCGCCAAUUUUCGGAUUUUUUUCUUUGUUUCUUUCGAUUUUCAAUUAUUUCUGUUGUCGUCUUUUUUCACAAAAACUUUCUAUUCAUUAAUAGUUCGCAAACUUUAAUCGCGAAAUGCUUCUCAGGUGGAAAAUGAGGAAUUUAUACAGCUUUUGGUUGGGAUAUCGAUAUUUUGCGUUUCCUUUAUUCUCCGGGUGUGUUUUUGUCCGCCUAAAUGAUUUUACAGAAAAGAAACCCUCGAAUCCGAAAAAAAAGUUAAAUCUAUUUAGACUAAGUACAGUCGCGAGUAUCGUCUCUUCUUCGGCUCUAUGCGCUGUCGACCACUUUCUGAAAACAACGGGGAAGACUCGAGCAAGUUUGACACAGAGACGUGCAUGGGCAACGGAACAGUUAGUUUUGAGCCUCUCGGCGUUUUUUUUUUUGCGUACUUAGCAACUCCAGACUGCUCUCUAUUAGGGCAACCUGAGGAGCCCUUGCUAGUGGCCUCUGUGGGGAAGCGUGCUAGUGGUUCCUAGAGGGGAAAAAAUGUCGGCCAUUCCGCGUCAGCUUGUCACGAUUUUCGUGUGUCUCCGAGCAAGAAGAUCAUUCCGUUCGAAGCGCGGGAUGUUACUCUUUUUGUCCAAAAGAAAAACUGGUUUUAUAGGGAUCUUCUAUAGGGACUGUUUUUCCUCUAACCUCUAUAGGGACCACAUUCGAAUUCCUUAAUAGCCUGCGCAAUUUCAACUCUCUUGUACGAUUUAGUUGCCCUUGUGUCGAUUAUUUAAUAGAAAAGUGUGUCGUUUUGAAGGUGUGGUGAGUAACAGUGCCGAUAUAUUAAUGAUCUUGAACGACUAGUUGAAGGAAUUUUCAGUCUUGAUUUUAUUUUGUUGACAGAAACCUGUCAGAAAGUUUGGUCGUUUCGAUGCCGUGUUGAAAGUGAACCCGCCAAAUCCAAACUACUUUGAAAAUACCAAAAUCGCUUGCCGGGUUGAUUAUUAAAGUUUGAUUACAAACAGGAUCCAUCAUUGAGCAGUGAUGCAAGUUCUAUGGUUUUGAGAAUAUAGAAGACAGUUCGAAGCUAUGGAUGUUGUGUGCGAAGCGUGUAUGUGAUUCAGAACUGCGCGGUAGAGAUGAGCAACAACGACGAAUUUUUGCACUUGAACUGCUCGGGAGCUUUUGCAUGA